AUGACGACGACGACGACGACGGCGACGACACCAAACCCCGCCGCCGGAGAGACGAUGCGCCGCCACCAAGCUCCCCCGGCCCGCCUCCACCGGCGGUGCGCCGUCGUCUGCGACGUGGAGGGCUGCCUUCUGCGGUCCUCCUCCUGCUUCCCCUACUUCAUGGUGGUGGCCCUGGAAGGCGGCGGCCUUCUGAGGGCUAUCCUCCUCCUCGUCCUCCACCCCCUCCUCUCCUUCCUCUCUGAGGAGACGAGCAUCAGAGCCAUGACCCUCAUCUGCUUCUGCGGCGUCAGCGUCAGCAACUUCCGCGGCGGCGCCGCCGUUCUACCCAAACACCUCCUUGGGGACGUGGGGAGGGAGGGGUUCCAGCUGCUCAUGGCCGGGGAGAGGAAGGUCUGCCUCAGCAGGAUGCCCAAGGUGAUGGUGGAGGAGUUCUUGCGAAAAUACCUCGGCGUGGAGGUGGUGGUGGCGAGGGAGAUGAAGGUGGCCGGCGGGUACUACACGGGAUUCAUGGAGGAUAAGAUGGCGGAGGAGGAGGACGCUCUGCUCGAAAAGGACGAGAUCGACCGAGAGCCGUUAGGGUUCACCGCCGAGGGGAAGGCCCCUCUCCAUCCCCUCUUCUCCCGCUGCCAGGUCGGUGACUCUCGAUCUCCCUCUCUCUCUCUCUCUCCCGCCACCCUGAUUGAUCGUCAGGUUCUUCUCCAAUUUGCACCUCAACGCGAGCGUGAGAGAAAAACCAGUGCUUUCUUACGUUGGAAUGGAUCAAAACCCGGCCUCCGUCGAUCGAUCGUAGACAAAAAGAAAAGAAAAGAAAAGAAGAAAGAUAAAACCCCGUGGUUUCUUCCUUGAUUUUGCAAUUCGUUUAUUGAAUCAAUGGCAGGAGGUGGUGGCGGUGAGCGAAGAGGAGAAGGCGGCGUGGCGGCCGCUGCCGAAGGAGGAGUACCCGGAGGCGCUGGUCUUCCAUGACGGCCGCGUGGCGUUCCGGCCGACGCCGCUCGCCGCAACCGCCAUGUUCAUGUGGCUCCCCUUUGGCUGCCUCCUGGCGUUCAUCAGAGCCGCCAUCUGCAUCUUCCUCCCCUACGGGGUCUCCACCACCGCGCUUGCCUUCACCGGCAUGAAGAACAGGCUGGUGCCGUCCCCUUUCACUCCCUCCCCCGCCCCCCGGCAGCCAACGAAGCCGACGGCGCCACCGGGGCGCUUGUUCGUCUGCAACCACCGGACCCUCCUGGACCCCAUCUGCAUCUCCGUCGUCCUCCGCGGGCCGGUCACCGCCGUCGUCUACGGCGUCUCUGCCCUCUCCCAGAUGCUCUCCCCGAUCAGGACCGUCAUGCUCAAGAGGAUCAGGGAAGAAGACAAGGCCAUGAUCGCCGCGGAGCUCCGCCGCGGAGACGUCGUGAUCUGCCCGGAGGGAACGACCUGCCGGGAGCCGUUCCUGCUCAGAUUCAGCCCGCUCUUCGCGGAGCUCGCCGACGAGGUCCACCCGGUGGCGCUGAACUCCGAUGCGAGCAUGUUCUACGGCACCACCGCCGGCGGGGCCAAGUUCAUGGACCCCUUCUUCGUCCUGAUGAACCCUUACACGCUCUACACGGGGGAGUUCCUCGAGAGCGUGCCAGCGGGGGAGCGGCGGAGCGGUAGGGACACCGCCAACCGCGUCCAGGAGGUCAUCGCGGCGGCUUUAGGGUUCCGCCGCACCAUGCUCACGAGGAAGGACAAGUACAUCACGCUCGCCGGUAAUGACGGGGUGACCCACAAGAGAACGUGA